AUGAUGCUAUUAAGAAGCUCCUCCACUCCUAUAUUGUCUUCGACACUUACAGGGAAACCAGGAAGCUUAUUAAGAACAUCUUCAGGUGAAAAUCAUCUAAAAGUAUCAUUUCUUGCUGAUCCAUCUCCAGUCAUGUUGCAAUCAAGGCACAUUCUUCGUGUAAGCUCAGAUGGUGAUUUAAAUCUCUCAAUAUUACAUGAAGAAAAGGAGAUCGAGAUCGAUUCCGAUUCCGAUUCACCGGUUGAGUUGCGUGAAGUUGAAUCUCCGGUUAAAUUUCUUGAAUCGCUUGAUACAAAACUCAGACAGAUUCCAUCGUUCUCUGUUUAUGAAAGGGAUUGGAUGGAAGAUGAAAAAAAGGCAAAAAACAUGGAAGAAAUGGAUAGAAAGAAGGAAGAAGAAGAAGAAUUUAGUUUCAGUUGCCCUCUUAUGAUUGGUGGUUCUGCAAACCAAAAUGAACACAACGAAGGGUUUGAUUUCAAAGAGAAAGCGCCUACAUCUUUGAAUAUGGCUAUAGGGUUAGGUCUUGGUAUGGAUCGAGCUAUGGUGAAGAGAAGAUCGGUUGAUUAUGAGCAAUUGCAGCAACAUUAUGAGAGGAUUAUUGAAGACAAUCCAGGCAAUCCCCUCAUGUUGAGAAAUUAUGCUAGAUAUCUAUACAAGGUAAAGGAAGACUAUAGGAAAGCAGAGGAAUUUUACUGUAGAGCAAUCUUAGCAGAACCAAAUGAGGGUGAAGUGUUGUCUGAGUAUGCUAAAUUGAGAUGGGAAAUCUAUAGAGAUAAAGAAAGAGCAGCCAACUACUUUGCACGUUCGGUUCAAGCUUCCCCUCAAAACUGUCAUGUACGGGCAGCGUAUGCUUCUUUCUUAUGGGACACAGAGGAGUCAGAAGAUGAACAUGAUAAUACCCAACAACAUCAACAAUUUGGCUUUGCGGAAGCCAAAUAA